AUGUCUCUCUUCCACAAGAACCUCCAAGAGCAAGGUAUCGAUUUUAUUGCAGAUAGCCUUUUGCAUGCCAACGACAUCUUUGCCAAGUACGCAACAACGUCGCGCACCGUUGCCUCGCCGUCCAAGCUGGCUGGCGAACUCCUCAAGUCUCCCACCCGCCCUCGCACCCGCGCUCGUGAUGCGCCAGCCGCAUCAGGCUAUCCUCGUGGGGCAUUCAAAGUAUCGAUUGAUCCCUUCGUCGAUGCGGCCGACGUGUUCGACAAGGAAAAUGCACCCUUGCAAACUAGAUCUUCACGAUCACGUACCGCUUCCACUGUCGAGCCUCAGAAAGGCAAGGGCAAGGCUAGAGCCAAAGCUAUUCAUGCUGUCGAAAGAGAAGCAUCGUCACCUCUUUCUCGCCCGACCCGUAGAGUGCUUGGCGAUGUCAACACGCAAAAGAAUGAGACAAAGCAACCCACUCCACAGCCCAAGCCCACCAGCAAAGAAGCAACGCUCAAGAACAUUGCCACAGAUGACGACAGCAUGGUCAUUGAUUCUUCGCUCCAAGCGCACCUCUCACCCGAUGAUACCAUGCCAAGAGCUUCCACACCACCACCGCCUCAAGCGUCGCCUCCGAGAAUACUUGCCCUUCACAAGCCUUCCAAGGCCACUCAGUCCGCAGCGUCACUCUCGGGCGCCAUUUCCAUCACUGAUUCGGACGAGGACGGCUCAGACGGAGAUUCGGACGCCGAUUUGCACGAAGAAGAGACAGGAGGGCUAAACGAUACCGUUCAACAUGAAGUUGCCGAGCCUACAGUGACAGGAAAUGUCGUGUCUCGGAGCUCCCGCAGCGAUGACAACACAGCAUCCUUCCAACCUGACAUAAACGACACGAUGCCAGCCAACGACAACACCGUGUCUGGUACUUUGAUUGAUCCGAAACUCGAAAGUGCCCGUCAAGCAGCCUCUGUACUGCUUACAAGCAAAAUUCAGCAGCAGAAGGAUGCAAACGCCAUGAAGCCGGUCAAACGGACGCUUGCAUCGUACGGCGCAAAAAAGAGCCUGCCAGCUGCUGCCAACAACUCCGGUCCCAGCAACGUAACCACCACGAUCGUUCCCACCUCGACCCCCGCUGGUCCUGGCUUCCGUUCCAGCUUCCUCAACAAGAGUCUGCGCAAACAGAUUGCCGACCAGGAAGCUCUCGAAAGCGGCCAAGACUCUGACUCUGACUCGGACGACAACGAAAACGACACAGGUCUUGUCGCCGGCGCCACCUUUGCUGCUAUGUACAAAAAGGCAGCCGCCAACACGCAAGCCAAUACUCGCGCAAAUGCUGUACCAGCGUCAAACAGCACCACUAGCUCCAAGAAGCGCAAGAGUGACGAGGUUCUUCCAGCUGCGAUUGAGGCCAGCUUGAGCGCUGCCGCUCCACCGCACAAGGUGUCCAAGCUGGGUGCCGCGAUGAUGGCGGCCAAGACACCCACGUCCGCUCAACCAUCUACUGCCAAGAAAGCACCAGCUGCCGGCCCUGCGUCCAAACUGGAGCAAUUCCGCAACAACCUCGCUCAUGUUGCUCGCAGCACCGGAAGCGGUGCGAGUGCCAGCUCGGCUUCUCAGUCAGCGUCGUCCGUCACGUCGCCCACCAUGGAACAAGCACCAUCCGCGCCGCUGCCCGUCGUCAAGCCUUCGGAUGCGGCCGUCGUGCCAUUCGCUCAAGAAGCGUCGGCACUGCCUUCCAUUGAAAGCUUGAAUGCUUCGCAUUCGAAAUCCUCGGAUUCUGGCUCCGACUCGACGGAAAAACUUACGGCAGGUACCAAGAGUGGCGAGUCAACCAUCAAGGCUUCUGCCAUCCCACGAUCGCCCACUCGCUCUCCUCGCGCCGCCGCCACUUCACCGAUGCGGCCUCCGCCUCGCACCGGCAGUGUGCGUAAAUCUCCACGCAAAGUGGCCGAGCAGAUCAACACAAGCGGACAAGAGUCGGCCAGAUCGGCUUCGCCGGGGCCCAAGGUGAAAGAAAGUAUAGCUCUUUUCCAGUCGAGCAGAAACGGCGGUCUGACUGAUAAGCACACACGUAGCCCUACCACGCAGCCCCGAAGUCUCGCAGCACUCUUUGGCAGUCCCAAGCAAGCGACCAAACUACCGACGCUGUCGGCCACUGCCGGCAGCAGCACCACCCCGGCUCACUCUCCACCCAAGAACUGGCAAGGAAGUCGUUUACCGUUUGCACAAACCUUCCAGUUGCAACAGCAAGCGCUGCGUGAGGUGGACAAGUCUUUGCCGCAGACACCGGCCGAGGAGACGGCCGACAGCCAGCGUGUCGUCUCGGCAGCCUCGACGGUCUUGUCCACGUCCAAGGCUGAAACAGCGGAGAGCCAAUUCUUCGACGCCCGCUCGAGGGAGAACAGUGCCGAGCCAGCCGAUGCGCCAGCUCCAGCGCCAUUGGCGGCGAUGAAAGGCGCGACGGCACCUGGGACCAGUGCACCUCAAGUGGUCGCCGAAAAGGAGUGCGUCAUGCUUGCUGAGGCACCCAUCGUUGCCAACAAGGCAUCCAGCAUUGUGAAGACUAGCUCGCUUUCACCAAAGAAAGUGGCGGCCAAGGCGCUUGCGAAAACUGGACCGACCUCGCCGACCAAGGCGAGCAGUCUCCGAGCUGCAGCCAACGCCACGUCGCCUUCCAAGAUCAAGGCGUCGGCGCGCACAGCACAGCAGCAUGGCGGACCGGGACUGGGACCGGGACCGGCACCGUCUGGAUCGCCUUCGAGGGCUUGGGGCAUUGGUGAAAAGAUCAAAGGGUUCCUCGGAUUGCAUGCCUCGACGACGAUCCACCCAUCUACAGCAGUUGCUCAGACCAAGGUAUCGGCGUCUGGCACAUUCCAGCCGCGUGCCAACGGGUUUGCCACAAACACGGCUCAUGCGAGCGCUUCCGAACACAAGACUGCGGCUACAGCUACACCGGCACCUUGCAUUCCUGGCGCUCUGCUUGCUAGCCCUCCGCCAACGGCCAAGUCUGCGCAGGUCAACUCAACACCCUCAAGCGGUGCUGCUUCGGCGACGGCCAACGGAAAGCUCACCAGCAUUGCGCGCGCCGAAAUGCUGCGCAAGAAGCAGGCAGAGGAGGAGGAGCGCAAGGCUAAGGACAAGCAAGAGCGUCGAAGAAUGCUGAUGGCCAAGAAGGAAGAGCGUGCCAAGGCGGUCGCGGAGGAGGAAAUCGAAAAGGAGAACCGCAAACGAGCGCGUGAGCAGAACGACCGCCUCGGCCGUUCCGGCAUCGAAGACGCCAGCAUCGCUUCGUCUAACGGUGCACCGGCUGCGAUUCCUGCUGCGCUCCUGGGCAAUAUUGUCGUCGGUGGCGGUGGCUCCGCAAUUUCUGGCAGUGUUCACAGCGGCUCAGCUAGCUCAAGGACAAGCACAGUCAGCACCGUUAGCAGCGGACCGCCCACGCGACCAUCAAGUGCUCUCAAUGGAAGCUAUGCUGGUGUCAAGAGUCGCUACAUGCAGGGAGCGGUCCAGCAGCAGCAGCAGCAGCCGCCGCCGCAGCAACAAGGCGAGGAAAGUAGUAAGAAGCGUCGCGUCACAAAUGACAAGGAAGGUAUAGCGGCAGGCUUGCAAGUGCCAUUGAAGCAGCAGCCGGCGCCUCAGCAAUCACAAGGUGCACCUAGCGCUCGUCCUGGUGCUUCGGUGGCGACGUCGCAGAUCGGUGCACCCAAGAUGGUUCGCACAGUCAGCCAGUCGUCGAUACGAUCUGGUGCUGCCUCACAAGCUGCUGCCCAGCAACAGCAACAGCAACAGCGCACUCAGCCGCCGCCGCAGAUCAAGCUGGGCAUGAAGCCGAGUGCGGCGACGACAGCAGCAGCAGGAGCAGGAUUUGGAGCAGCGCCACGCAUAGGCGGAGCUGGUGCUACAGCCGGCAACGGCGCGGCUACUGCGUCAAUGAUGGCGAAUGCUGGCAAAGCUGUUUCGUCGGCGCAACCCGCGGCAGCCAAGGCUAUGGCGAAUGCCAACUUUUGCUCUUCGAAUCCGUUCCAGCAAGCCAAGCAGCAGCAACUGCAGCUGCAGUUGCAAAAGCAGAAGCAGCUUCAAAUGCAGCAACAGCAGCAACAGCAACAGCAAGUUGCAUCCAACGCGAUGCAGGCGCAGGCGGCUGCUAGUGCGGCAGCGGUGCGAGAAUUAGAGUUGCAUCGUGCGGCGCAAUUGCAAAUGCAGAUGCAGAAUGCAGCUGGUGGACGGUAUCAAGAGAUGGACGACGAUGUUGCAGGCGAUGGCGACGAGGUGCUGCCGGAGAUUGCAUCGGAAUACUCGGACUCGGAAGACGAAGAGACAAUUCAGAAGCGAGCGGCGAUGCCGUUGUGGACGCAGGGCGAUAUGCUGGAUGCGGCGCUGUUGGCGCAAUCCACGGUGGAUGCCGAUGAGAUCUUUGGUAUUCCACAUGGUCCUGUUGAGCUAGAAAAAAUCUUGCCUGGCGAGCGCACAGCGAACCGGAUCCGACGAGCGCGAACUUCGUCGGCCAACUGGUCCGGGCCCGACGGCCUCGCGCAGUGGGAGAUCGACAGAUACAACAAACGCAUGGGCAUCAAGAGUGCAGGUGUCCAGUUACAUCGCGACCCAUCUCAGCCGUCUCGGCCAGCCGCUAUGCCAUCCCUCUCGAUCCACCGACACUCGAUCUCGCACAACCCACUCGCUCCCACCUCGUCCACCUCGUCCACUGCUCCACACACAGCCAUCAACGACGACGCUCGUACAAAUGCUUAG